AAGGAGAGGCGAGCUCUUGGGAGACCGGCGGGAGGCGCGUCUGGGCUGCGGUCUAACUGCGCCUGCGCGGACGGGAGCCCGACCGGAACAUGGCGACUUGCGCUGAAAUCCUGCGGAGCGAGUUCCCCGAAAUUGACGGACAGGUCUUCGACUACGUGACGGGCGUCCUGCAUAGCGGCAGCGCGGAUUUCGAGUCUGUGGAUGACCUGGUGGAAGCGGUGGGGGAACUGUUGCAGGAGGUGUCCGGGGACAGCAAGGAUGACGCGGGUAUCCGGGCUGUGUGCCAGCGCAUGUACAACACUUUGCGCCUGGAUGAGCCUCAGACCCAGGGAAACAGCCAGGUGCUACUAGACGCCCCCAUCCAGUUGUCAAAGAUAACAGAAAACUACGACUGUGGCACCAAACUUCCAGGACUGCUAAAGAGGGAACAGUCCUCGACAGUGAAUGCAAAGAAGCUAGAGAAGGCUGAGGCUCGACUGAAGGCAAAGCAGGAGAAGCGCUCAGAGAAGGACACACUUAAGACCAGCACUCCUCUAGUCUUGGAAGAGGCAUCAGCCAGCCAGGCAGGCAGCAGAAAGGAGAGUCGGUUGGAAUCAUCUGGCAAGAACAAAUCAUAUGAUGUGCGAAUCGAGAACUUUGAUGUGUCUUUUGGUGAUAGGGUACUAUUGGCUGGAGCAGAUGUGAACCUGGCAUGGGGCCGCCGCUAUGGGCUGGUGGGGCGAAAUGGGCUGGGGAAGACGACACUCCUGAAGAUGUUGGCCACUCGGAGCCUGCGAGUUCCAGCCCACAUUUCCCUACUGCACGUGGAGCAGGAGGUUGCUGGAGAUGACACUCCUGCCCUGCAGAGUGUGCUAGAAAGUGACACUGUAAGAGAGGACCUUCUGCAGAGGGAGCGGGAGCUCAGCGCACAGAUUGCUACUGGCAGGGCUGAGGGCUCAGAAGCUGCACAGUUGGCAGAAAUAUAUGCCAAAUUGGAGGAGAUUGAGGCUGACAAGGCACCUGCCAGGGCAUCAGUCAUUCUUGCUGGGCUUGGCUUUACCCCUAAAAUGCAGCAGCAGCCCACCCGAGAGUUCUCAGGUGGUUGGAGGAUGCGACUGGCCCUGGCCCGGGCUCUGUUUGCUAGGCCAGAUCUUCUUCUGUUAGAUGAACCCACAAACAUGCUGGAUGUAAGGGCCAUCCUGUGGCUGGAGAAUUACCUGCAAACAUGGCCCUCUACAAUCCUGGUCGUCUCCCACGACCGCAACUUCCUGAAUGCCAUAGCCACAGACAUCAUCCACCUGCACAGCCAGCGGCUAGAUGGCUACCGGGGAGACUUUGAGACCUUCAUCAAGAGCAAGCAGGAGCGGCUGCUCAACCAGCAGCGUGAAUAUGAGGCACAGCAGCAGUAUCGCCAGCAUAUCCAGGUUUUCAUUGACCGGUUUCGCUACAAUGCCAACAGAGCCUCUCAAGUGCAGAGUAAACUUAAGAUGCUGGAGAAGCUACCAGAGCUGAAACCUGUGGACAAGGAGAUGGAGGUGGUGAUGAAGUUCCCUGAUGGGUUUGAGAAAUUCUCACCGCCAAUUCUGCAGCUAGAUGAGGUGGAUUUCUACUAUGACCCUAAGCACGUCAUCUUCAGCCGUCUCUCCGUCUCUGCUGAUCUUGAGUCCCGCAUUUGUGUGGUUGGGGAGAAUGGGGCUGGGAAGUCUACCAUGCUGAAGCUACUUAUGGGGGACCUGGCACCUGUUCGGGGCAUCAGACAUGCUCACAGGAAUCUGAAGAUUGGCUACUUCAGCCAGCACCACGUGGAGCAGCUGGACCUGAAUGUCAGUGCUGUGGAGCUGCUGGCCCGCAAGUUUCCUGGGCGGCCUGAGGAGGAGUAUCGUCACCAGCUGGGCCGGUAUGGCAUCUCUGGAGAACUGGCCGUGCGCCCUGUUGCCAGCUUGUCUGGGGGCCAGAAGAGCCGAGUAGCCUUUGCUCAGAUGACCAUGCCCUGCCCCAACUUCUACAUUCUGGAUGAACCCACAAACCACCUGGAUAUGGAGACAAUUGAGGCUCUGGGCCGUGCUCUCAACAAUUUCAGGGGUGGUGUGAUUUUGGUGUCCCACGAUGAGCGCUUCAUCCGGUUGGUGUGCCGGGAGUUGUGGGUGUGCGAAGGCGGCGGCGUCACCCGGGUCGAGGGGGGGUUUGACCAGUACCGCGCCCUUCUCCAGGAACAGUUCCGCCGUGAGGGCUUCCUCUAGGGCCACCAGGCUGAGGACUGUGCCCAGGACAUGGACUGGUCUUUCAGACCCCUGGGCCGCCAUGUGGGCAACCAUCUCCAGGCCACGGACUUCCCCCAACUUUGGGGACAGCCUUAUUUCCAAAUCUCCUUUUGACUGGAGCAUCCUCUGCACAACCCUGGGAGCCUCUAAGUGUCUGUGAGGACUGAUCUUCAAGGGAAGGGGUGGGGGGGUGCCCUCUGGUUAUAGAUUCCCCCCCACUGCCCCAGCUCUGACUGGCCCCCAAGUGGCUGCUGUGUAAAUUAAAUCUCCCCCUGCAUCUCCCUGGCUUCAUCUCUGCUGCUCUCUGGCAGGGCUGCAGUGGUUGCCCACUGUUAGGCAGUGUGGGCUCUGUGGUUUGGGGUUUUUGUAACACUUUCAUCAGUCACACGGAUGAGGCUGUGGCAGCACCAGCCUUGUCUCUGGAAGGAGAUGUUCUUAAAGCUGUUGAGGCUUAGAGGUCACCUGCCUGACUUUGGGUGGGCUGAGCUGGUGGAAAGAAGGGCAGCAUAGUACAUCACUGGCGUGCUGUACCCUAUAGCCUAGGCUCAGGCUCAACUGAAGGGGGGCUUGGUUUCUGCUGCCUCAGUCCCACUGCUUGUGGAAGUGAACUGAUGCUGUAACCUGGCCUCCUAUACCGUUUGUCAGCUGCUUAGUCUAGUGGUCUCUGACGUAGGCUCACCCUGCUUCUCUGAUCUAGAUCCUCAGAUGGAGUUGAAAAACCAAGAAACUAUCUUUGUCCCCAUUUUGUUUGGGUGGUUUCAUGUUGUUUAUUUUCCCUCGAAUCAUGUAGGAAGGGCUUGGGAAGUAGGGAAUUGAGAACAAGGUCAAAUUUGAAGAAACAGCACUUUGUUUUCAAAUUAAGUGAUCUCCGAGAGGAGAGGAGAUGUUUAAUAGAGGCCAUGUGACUUGUAAAUAUUGUUUCUUAAGGACUCAGCUGCUAUAUAUAAUUGUUAGAAAACCAAAAUAGGAACCUUGAGUUCCUGGGGAUCCCUGGGUGGCUCAGCGGUUUGGCACCUGCCUUUGGCCCAGGGCGCGAUCCUGGAGUCUCGGAAUCGAGUCCCUCAUCAGGCUCCUGGCAUGGAGCCUGCUUCUCCCUCUGCCUGUGUCUCUGCCUUUCUCUAUUAUAAAUAAAUAAAUCUUUUUUUUUUUUUUUUAAAAAAGGAACCUUGCGUUCCUGAAAGACAGCAGAGAAACCAGAGUCCACAGAAGGAACGUGGUGGCUUCGUGGAGAAUUGUAGUCACAAAGCUCAACCUAGGAUUCUUAGUCCCUGAGGCUAUUGUAAUGUGUAGGUAGCUGAAGGAAAGAGGCUGUUUUGCCAGAGAAAAUAAAGAAGGAAGACUCUGGUUACUACAGAGCAGGUGCUGAUGGACACAGGAAGCUGGCCAAAGGGCCGCCAAUCGGCCAGCCUCAAACCACCCUAUCCACCCCCCCACACCAGAAGUCCAGAGUUGGUGUUCUUCCAGCCAUGUCUGUGGCCAUGGGCACCAUCAAAGUCGUGAGAGCCUUCUCACAGCUCCCACCAAACUCCCAACCUCAGGCCUACAGGUGAGCCAGUCAGGGGCCAUGUGGGGUAGGCUCUGUGCCUGCCUGUUUGCCAGUCUCUCAGCCCUUUCACCCCUCAGUAACUUGUGAAUCCCUCUAGGAGUCCUCAAUUCCUCAGUCAGUGAAAAUGUACCUGGAGGGUUCUGUGACACAGAAUGUGCUUCUUUAGACAUGGCUUUGUGUACAGAGAGCACAGGCAUGGGAGUUGGGCCUCAGAUCAAGCCCCAGCAACGUCACAAUAGAGGGAGCCACCAAUAUUAGCUCAGUAACCACAGGAAAUCACUGAAGCUUUUUCUUUUUUAAGAUUUUAUUUAUUUAUUCAUGAAAGACCCAGAAAGAGAAAGGCAGAGACCUCAGCAGACUCCACACAGGGAGCCUGAUAUGGGACUCAAUCCCGGGACAUGAUCUGGGGACUCUAGGAUCACUCCCUGGGCCAAAGGCAAGAUGUUCAACUGUUGAGCCACCCAGGCGUCCCUCACUGAAGCUUUCUGAACACCUUCUUCCUUAGUUUCUUUAUAGGAUUGUUGUGAGGCUUAGCCAGCAAGCACAUAAUACAUAAGCAUUCAGAAAGUGAUUCUUGGGUGACCAGUCUAUGAUUUGAAGGCUUAUUUGAGAAAAAAGGUAAGUUUUCUCUUGAGUGACUCCAGAAGUAGACCACUUUGGUCUAGAAAACUUUUUAAAUAGCUCAGGCUGCUUUCUAAGAGUGAGUUUCCCAUCUCAGACUUGUUCAACCCUGCCAGGCUCUGAAGAAGGGCUCUAAGGAGGCAGCACUGGAUAGCCUCUGAGUUGGCUUCCAGUUUUAUGAUUCCAUGAAAGAAAUGUGAAGAGCUUUUAAAUAUGGCAAUAUAAGCCUCUGCUGCAGGACUUCAGAAAGGUGGAAUAAAUGAAUUGCAGCAGCUGAGAAAGACUUCACCAUGUGUGUAAAGUGAACUUCUGGAAAUUAGGGAAGGGAGUUAGCAGAAUAUGGUUGUCCUGAGGGAUGGGAAAUGUGGGCCAAGCCAACCAGCUCCAUUCCAGAGAGCAUGGGGCAGGGAGGAGAGAGGAAGAUGACACAAAAGACUGCCCUUGAUCACAUCAGCCAGUGCAUCAUGGCAGCCACCCCUUUCAUGCUAUGGAGGCCCUAUCUAACUCCCAAUCAUUGGGAAGCUGAUCCCUGCACAGUUGCUGGUGCUGGGGCUUCCUGGCCCCCCGUCACACCUUUGAACCAAUCCAGAGCCAGCUGGAUUGAAAGGCCUCAUUCUGCAGGAUCUUCACUGAAAUCCUAGCCUCUGCUUCUCCCUACCACACUCACCAAUGCCUUCUCAGACAACCUGGCUGGUCCCCAGUGGACCAGGGCGCGAUGGGUCUCUGUACCAAUCUCCACAACACUCAAAAGACGCCAGUCAGAAUUAUUUAUUCCAGUGUGAUAUUACUGUCUGAGAUUUGCUAGAUGUAGACAUUCUGGUAUGCUGUCACUGGUUUCCAGGUAAAUUUUAGCACAGAAUAGAGAAGGUGCCUUUUACCCUUGUCUGGCCAUGCCACAGCCUGAUCUGUCAUUCUGGAACAGAACAUCCUACUAGGAGCUGCUCCCCAGACCUGGUCUGGUCCACCCACAGAUCCAAACCAAACAACAACCUGCUCGCAUCAGAGCAUCAUGGCUCUGCACCAGCCUGAGCUUGCAGACUGGAUGACAGAGCCUCCGGGAGGUACCAGGCAGACUCACAGGGUAGGUCUGUAACCUGACUGAAGGGCUGCGAGGGUUUUUCAAACCUGGAGUGAUGGACUCUGCUUUAUCCACACUCUCCAAGUGCACUCUCCAUCACUGUGCUUCCCCCGUGAUAAGCUGCGUGCUGUUACCAUUAAGAUCCUCGAUACCUUUGAAUGGCUUGCUCACCUUUGCAUCUUCUGUGCAUCUAAAGUUCAAUUAAAAUGCUUGGUAAGUGAAUAUUUGGAGAAAACUGAAGUGAGAAAAAGUGGAGAAUGACACUGGAGGAGGGGGAGAGCACAAGCAAGGAGACCAGCAGGGAGGCCAUGACCAAAAUCCACCCCUAGGGAUGUGGGGUCAGGAUGAUGGAGGCAGUCGCGAGACCACGGAGGGUGGUAUGGGGACUCAAUAAGAGGUUUUGAGCUCUGCCCAAAUGCAAGAUGGCUCCUUUCACUGGGCCUAAAUCUUGAAAUAAGUGAAAUGAAAUGAAAGCUUUGGGACACUAACAGGUUGAAAAAGGAUCCCGGUUUUUAAACCUCCCCUUCUUCCUUUCAGCACAAUGCUCAAAUAAUAUUUGGAGUCUUUUGUAACAGGUACCAUUGUAAGUGCUUUACCUACACUGAAUCAGUCUUCACAUCGCUAUAAAUUGACAGUUAUUAUGCCCAUUUUACAGAUAAGGAAACACUCUUGACAGCAGGUGUCAGGGCUGGAAUUCAGGCCAGGCUGGCUCUAGACCUCAACUCCUAGCUGCUACAUAGCUGCCACUUAGCUCCUCCUGUGACAUCAGUCGGGUUCUUAAUUCUAACACUUAAAACUCAUCAUUGAUUGCAUGAGGCAGGAGCCCAGGAUUGAACAAGCUUCUCUCAGAGGGUAAGCUGAUGAAUGGAAGUACCUGGCACAGGGGCUGACAUGCUAGGUGCUCAGUGGAUCAUUAAGUGUUCUGAAAACAGCAUAGUGAAAAGUCAUGCAUGGGGUUGGUGAGACCAGCUCUACCACUGAGGGCAAGUCAACCUCUCCUGAGUAAAUUCUCUUUAUUCAUCAAAUGGGCAUAAUACUAUUUGUCCUGCCUGCUUCUUUGGGUAAUUGGAUGGUUUAAUUGAGACAAUUAAUUGUCUUUAAUUCAGACAAUCUUGUAUAAACAAUAAUUUUUUCAAUAAACUGUAAAGUGCUAUGGA